AUGUUCAAGUUCAUGGGUCACAGGUUCUCCAAGCUGCAGGAUGUUAAUGUAAAGUUGGGGAGCUAUCUCUGGAGAAGCCCUCCCUCCACAAGCUGCCCAGGCAAGAUAUGCUGGCUCCUCCUCUGGGGAGUCCUCCAGUCUUACCCCACACAGGGCUCUGUGCCCUUGGCCUAGUGACUCCCCAAGGAGAUGACAUCUCCUGGGUACCCAAAGCCAUAUCUUAAAGGCCAAGAGAGCAGCACUGAGGCUCCAGAGGGUUUUACUGUGAGGUUAGUCUUCCAGGACUUCGACUUGGAGCCAUUUCCAGAAGGGGAUUCUGUCACAAUCUCAGCUAGUAGGAUGGAUCUGAGCCAGCUCUGUGGUAAGCAGGGCUCCUCUCUGGGCAGCCCCCCUGGUCAGGGGGAGUUUGUGUCCACAGGGAGGAGAUUUCGGCUGACCUUCCGUGCACACACUUCCUCCAAAGACAAGACCACCCAUCUCCACAAGGGCUUUCUGGUCCUCUUCCAAGCUGUGGUUGUGAGCUGCAGUCAGCCCAUCAACCAGGCCAGUGGAGGCUCUGAACCCAUCAUUGCACCGGGAGCCAACUCCUCCAAGAUCCAUAGACACUGCCAGGAACCCUAUUACCAGGCAGUGCCAGCGGGGACACUCAGCUGCCCAUCCUGGGGGACCUGGAAGGACAGACAGGAUGGGGUGGAGAUUCCUCAGUGUGUACCUGUCUGUGGACAGCCAGUCACCCCCAUUGCCCAGAACCCAAAGAUCCUGGGUUCUUCCAAAGCUAAACUGGGCAACUUCCCCUGGCAAGCCUUCACCAGCAUCUAUGGACGUGGGGGCGGGGCCCUACUGGGCGACAAAUGGAUCCUCACUGCUGCCCACACCAUCCAGCCUAAGGACAGCAUCUGCCUCAGGAAGAACCGGAGCGUGAAUGUGUUCCUGGGCCACACAGACAUAGCCAAGAUGCUGAAAGUGGGGAACUACCCUGUCCGCCGGGUCUUUGUGCACCCAGACUACCAUCAGAACGAGUCCCACAACUUCAAUGGGGACAUCGCCCUCCUGGAGCUCCAGCACAGCGUCCCCCUGGGCCCCAACCUCCUCCCAGUCUGUCUGCCUGAUAACGAGAGCCUCUACCUUGAUGGCCUGUGGGGCUACGUCAGUGGGUUUGGUGUGGAGAUGGGCUGGUUGACUGAGGAGCUGAAAUACUCAAGGCUGCCCGUAGCUCCAAGGGAGGCCUGUGAGGCCUGGCUCCGGGAGAGGCAUCGAACUGAGGUGUUUUCUGACAACAUGUUCUGUGUUGGGGAUAAGAUGCAGAUGAACAGUGUCUGCCAGGGGGACAGUGGUAGUGUCUAUGUGGUGUGGGAUGAUCGAACCCAUCGCUGGGUGGCCACAGGCAUCGUAUCCUGGGGCAUUGGGUGUGGCAAGGGGUACGGCUUCUACACCAAAGUACUCAACUACGUGGACUGGAUCAAAGGAGUGAUGGACAGCAAGGACUGACCCUGGAACAAUUGAGCAGUGACCAGUCGACACUGUGGAGGUUGCAGUCAAGAGAGGGUUGGGGAUGAGGACGGAGCCCUGGAGGGAGAAGCAGAGAACCCCUAUUUAAGUCAUUGAUGCAGUCAGCACAUGGGAGAGAAAUCCUCUCCCAUCAACCUAAACCAUCCCAAACAGGAAGCAGCACCCCACAGCCCCCUUCUCCCCACCCUCUACCUUCUUGCAUGUUUGCACC